CACUUCCAUUUUAUACACAUCCUUUAUAUUAUGUAAAUUACAACGUCCUUUCUCACUAGAGUUUACAUUGGACUUCGUGUGCACCCUAUCAUAGGAUUUUUCUAGAUCUGUGAAGAUUGGGCUGGUCUUUUGUGUCCUUUUAUUGAUUAUAAUCAACCCCAGCAUUAGUCGGCCUCCAUGUGUUUAUUGAGAAUAUGAAUUGGAUGUAGGAGAUGUGAAUAGUUAAAUUGCAUUUUACUUGAGGGAAUAUGAAGACAUGAUGAUUUGGUGUACGAAUUCAGAGUUUGUACAGGAUUUUAUGAUUGUCAUAAAAUCAAAGGGAUAAAUAUUGAAGCUAGUUUGCAGAGGAUUUGAUGGGAUCGGAAGAGGAAGCAUUGUAUAAUCUUAAUGAGCUUAGAUAUGCUGCCCUAAGGUACAUAAAUUGAAUAUAAUCGAGGAAUGAUGAAAAACAGCAUAAUUAUACCUUAUUCUUCCGGACCCCCUCCUUGUGUUAAUGUACAAGUUUUAGUUGCUUCAGCUUGUUUAAGCAAUGGUUAUUUUUACUGUAGCAGUCUACCAAUUACUUUUGGAAAAUUGUUUACAGGAGAGAGAUUUUGAGGGAGCUGGAGACAACUAUUUCUUUGAUUCUGGAGAACUGGGCUUAAACCCCAUCAAAACAGGUUCACCACAGGUUGGUGAUCCUGUCCAGAGGAACAGUGGAUUCAAUUUUGAUGAUUCUGUUCCAAGCACGCCACUUUUCAACUCUAGUAGCUCUCCGCAAAGGCCAAAAGAGUGGUUGGAAACUGCUUUUGACUUCUCAAGAUUUGAUUCUUUCAGAACACAUGACAGUGUACCUCUGCCUGCUAGGGAGGCGACAGAACAAUUUGAUUCAGUACGCAACAGUGUGGAUUUUGAUCAUGUUCAUGGAUUUCCAGCAUUUGAUGACUCCGAUCUCUUCGGCUCUGGGCCGUUUAGGACUUCAUCGGAUAGUCAAACUCCCAGAAAAGAAUCUGAUAGUUGGAGCGCAUUUUAGCUUAGCAAUUUCACACAAUGCAUUAUUUGUAGUUUUGGUGGAGUGGGUUGUCUGUUAGUCUUACUAUUUGGACCUGUUAUAAGUGUAAUGUAUUUUCUUUAUUUUAUCCUGUGUAUUCUUUGUUCCUCACUUUUUUUCUUUGGGGAAGGGCGCGGCAUUGUCUCCACUCCAGCAAUCUCACUUCCCUUAAUUGAAACUGAAGGCCUGUCUAUAUUUUUGGUUUGUUGGUUGAUACUUUUCCAUACUCCUGCACAAGAGAUUGUGGUAUUGAUGACUGUCUCAUUUGAGUGAUGUUUGCUCAGCGGAAUUUUAUUAUAAUUCUUUUUUUUUCAUUUGUGAA